AUGAAGCUCACUGUCGCAUCUCUACUCACGAUGCUCACGGGGCUGUCAGUGGCUCAGUGGGAAAACAACUCGACGGCUCCGAUCGAACUCGCGCCCGCGCCAUGGACGCUCAAGGGAACCGUCUACUCCCUGACCUUUGUCCCGCUCUCAAACGAGUUGCCGGUCAAGGCAUUCCCGCCUUUGGAGCGACAGUAUCCGUCAGCCGUGGAGGGCAAGUACGUGGGCCUUGUCGGCAUGAUCCAGAUCAUCCGAUACACAGAGAGCCCUGUUGGCCCGUACGACGAACUGCUGAUCGUGCCCGGGUACUUCAAUUACAACCGAACCGACGGCUCGGGGGGGUUCGUUCAGGAGAAGAAGAAUGUCCGCGUCAGCAGGAUAUACGUCAGUCAAAAGUACACUUGCUGGAAUGGAAGAACGAACUGGAACAUUCCCAAGCACCUGGCCCGGUUCGACUGGACCGAGUCUGACUUGGGCAAGACGACCGUCAAGAUCUACCCCUACGAUACCACGGGUGACCCGAGCGAAUCCGCGCCGGCGGAGAAACCCUGGUUCCAGACCACAUUCAAGCCGGACUUGCUAGGCGGACUGCCGUUCAGCACCGAUUUGUACAAGAUCCUGGGUCUCAAUGCGACUCUAGCCCAACCGCCUCUGCCGCACGCAAACAGCUCCCACGGCGAGCUGGCGGGGACGGACCAGUGGAUGGCCACUGUACCGGGCCAGUUCACCGACAACGCGUCGCUGGGGCUCUUCGACCUGGACCAGGGAGACGGCGAUGUCGAGGACGGUCGGGACACGAACGCAGUGGGUGAUGAGUAUUUCCCCAAUUUCUGGCCUGGUCUCUUGCGGUUCACCCCGGGACUGGUGCUGGCAAAUGCUACUAUCACGUUUAGUGAACCUGAGAUAUGGACUAGCUAG